UAAUACAAUACGUAAUCCGUUGAGUGUGUGUGUGUGUGUGUGUGUGUGUUUUGUUUGAGACAGAAAAGUGUCAAAAGAACUUCACGUUUUUGUUCUUGGCGACAAAGACGAGGAGGCUCCCGGAGUAUCAAGGUCCAAGGAGUUCCCACUGAAACGUUUUUGUGCCCAAAAUAUUCGCACACCCUUUACUUGCCCUGCCUGCAUAGGGGUGAGGGGAGGCCACGAGGACGACUACGACGAGGAGGAGGGUGCAAAUGAGCUCCUAUUGGAUCUAAGUUGAUCGGACCCCGAUUUCGUGAUUGAACUCGUCCGCCAGACCGGCGGGCUUGAAUCUCGAGAACGAGAACCGAAAUCUCCCGAGUGCCCCUUUUGGAUUGGUACACAUUCAUUCGUUCGUUCGUCCAUUCAGUGACUUCCCAAGACAGGACCAACAUAUCUCGCUACACACCUCGCUUCACAAGUACUAACUUAGGUGUGCACAUCCCUACUGCUCCAUCCAAGUAGCUCUAGUAGCCUUUGCCACGGACGGACGGACGGACGGACGGACGGACUGUUACCCAUCAACAUUCAGCUACCCUCUGUUGCCAUUGCUACUCUACUCGUUCUGUUUUGGGGAUACGUACCAACAGUACAUGUACCACCAACGCACAGAUAGAGGAAUAGAUACGUGAACUCAAGCCGGAAAUUCCAUGUCAGUAUGGCGGAUUGGACCCUCAAGAAUAUCUACUUCUUGAGUCUCAUGUCAUUGGGCUACAUCGUGGGAGAAAUCGCUCAUUUUCUCAUCAACACAUCCACCCGUGCCGUGGCCCAAGACAUCCACUACGGAGAUCAGGCGUGUUUUCGCAAUUUGACCGUCAAUGUCUCGGAGAACUCGAAUGUCACUUCGUGUAAAGAUUUGGACCAACAAGAGGACUGUGUCCAGCAUGAUCAUUGCUCGUGGGAUUACAAUGGCCUUGGAUUGCAAUAUCAGAUCUUGGCCGGACCCAGUUUCAUCGCUGUGUUCACCAUCUGUUGCGUGAUCAUUGGCAUCACUUCGGACAACUUUGUCAAAGUCGGACGAAAUCGAAUCAUGGCCGUGGGAGUCUUGGUCUUCAGUCUCAGUUGCUUUCUCAUGGGAUUUUCCAAUUCCUACUGGCAACUGGUGCUUCUUCGUAUGGGCAUUGCAGCGGGUGAAUCAGUGUGCCGACCGGUCUCUGGGAGUUUGAUUACCGACAUCUUUAGCAAGGGCGCCCGUGGAUUAGCUAAUGGUAUAUUGUCCUGGGGCGUGUACUACGGUUACGGCUUGGCUUUUGUCAUCGGAAUCUAUGUGACUCAAGCCGAUAUUCUGUCGUACGGAUGGAGGGCCUCCUAUGUGCUCUCGGCCUUGCCAGGAUUCGUUCUCAGCAUUUUGCUCUUCCUUACCGUGUCUGACCCCAAGAAGGACGAAGACAACGACUCCUUGGAAGCACUCAACACCGCUUCGAGUCCGGAAACUUUGGCCACACCGGACGAGGAGGAGAAGAGCUUUUUGGCCUAUUUGAAGAUAUUGGCUCGCUCUCUUUGCUCUCCCACCAUUGUCCUUUUACUGAUCGGAGCCUGUUUCCGUCACACUGCCGGAUAUUGUUGGGCCUACAACACGAGGCCCUACUUUCAGACCUACUAUCCCAACUUUAACCUCGGGCUUUGGAUCUUUGCCUGCUCCGUGGGUGGAGGUUCGUUCGGAGUGUUCUUCGGAGGAUAUUUUUCCGACAAAAUUGUGACACGAUUGGGACUUCAUUCCAGGCUAUGGGUCUUGGCCGGAUUUACCGCUUGUUCAGUUCCCUUUGAUGGAACUCUUUACUUCAAGCCCCCAUUCGCAUUCAUCAGUUUGAUACUAUACUAUUUCUGCGCUGAGACCUGGUUCGCCAUCCUGUUCACCGUUAUCAUUGAAGUGUGCCCAACUGAGGUGAAAUCUGCCAUGAUCGGUGUGUUCCUUUUUAUCAUGAACAAUAUUGGCGGUAAUCUACCCGUGAUUGUGGACCCUCUGGCCAAGAGCAUGGGCUACAGAGAGGCAAUCUAUUUCGUUUGGCCUGGAUGUGUUGGCAUUAGCUCGGUGAUGUUUUUCGUGGCGAGCAUUCCUCUGUGGCGUCAAGCUCGCCUCUCCCAGUUGUGAUUGUGAUUCGUCAAUGCGUUAAUUUGCGAGUCUGUAGUAUAUGUGAUAAAUGUCAGGCCAUUCCUCCAGUCCCACCGAGCCUUUCGUAGGCGAAAAUUUGAUUUGAGUCAAUAAAUUAUGAGAUCUAUGAGA